UUAGUUCAAAGUGUAAUACAACAAACUAUCGAUACACCGAAAACGAGUCAAGAUGGAUACAUAAAAUGGAGACAUCGUGGAUUACCCAAAUUGGGACGACGAUAGGACAUUUCACUUUCUUUCGCAAUAUUUCUGAUCAUGACUCAACCACUAGGAAAGGGGAUUGCUUACUCUCAGCCACGUUUUCGCUUAUGCUUAGUCAAGUGAGGAUUCCAUUCGAAGUAACGUAACAGGAGCACCAUCUUCAAAACUUCUCGGGAUCCGGAGUUUUUCGAUAAAAGGUCCCAUCCUUCAAUAUCAUGAUUGGGUCAACCAGGCCAGAUCAUAAGUGAAAUAGUUUGAUCGGGUCGACCAGGUCAGGCCCGAUCAUGAGUGAAUAGAAAAUCGAAAACGUACAUAGCUGUUCCAGCGGAAAUACUUUGUUUAAUUCUACCACUUCUACUAGGAGUAGCCUUUUUAGUGCUAGCUGAACGUAAAGUAAUGGCUUUUGUGCAACGUCGAAAGGGUCCUGAUGUAGUGGGAUCGUUCGGAUUGUUACAACCUCUAGCAGAUGGUUUGAAAUUGAUUCUAAAAGAACCUAUUUCACCAAGUAGUGCUAAUUUCUCCCUUUUUAGAAUGGCUCCAGUGGCUACAUUUAUGUUAAGUCUGGUCGCUUGGGCCGUUGUACCUUUUGAUUAUGGUAUGGUAUUGUCAGAUCCGAACAUAGGGCUACUUUAUUUGUUUGCCAUAUCUUCGCUAGGUGUUUAUGGAAUAAUUAUAGCAGGUUGGUCUAGUAAGACGGGGGGCGGCCGUUCGGUCGCCUAUGAUAUACGGACCAAUUGGUCAAAAAUGGGUUUGUGCCGCAGGUGUUGAACGAUCUACUCUACACAGGUGUGGGCUUACAGGGCUAGGGCUCAUAAACCCUUUCUUUCAUUCAUCAAGGGGUCGGUCACUUUUCCGGGCCGGGAUCGAGAAGUGGAAGUCAUAAAAAAGAGAUGUUUCUCUUCGCACCUCAUAUCAAGAGGAAAGGUAGCUUGUCAAGCUGGUCUCACUAUUGGAAAUUCUAGCUUUCUUUUUUUUUUUUCACCGGCUCUUCUUCUUUGUCAACGCUACUAAGGACCUGACGGUUCGCCUACUUGAUGGAUGAAAGAACAUGAGAAAGGGUUCUAAAAUAAAAGGCUAGAAAGUCUACUACAGUACAGUCAAAGUCAGCGGCUGAGUUUGCCUAGCCUCGCCUACUCAUUUUUGUAGGCGAGCGAGUUAGCGAAGAGGCUUAGGGAUAAGAGAGUGUCGGUGCGUACGUAGCCUUCAUUCUACUACGCUACACAAAGUCACUUAGCUCGACGUUAAUUAAGAGAGUAAAGGAGGAAUACCCUACAUAGAAGAACCACAGUUCGCUUACAAAGGUAUAACCUUUAGCUCCCCGGGGCUAAGCUGCUUCGCACCACUGAUAGUUAAUUAAGAUUCCAUUUCAAAGGCGCUACUUUGUUUCGCAAGCCUUUGUCAUUGUCAGUCAACUAAGGUUGGCCCUCGGCCCCCUGCGAAUCCGUAAAUCAGAGAGCAUGCCGCAAAAAAAAGGAUGGUCCCCUAUGCAUUUCAUUCUUUCCGGAACGCAAAGAAUUAAAGUACCUGACCCCCCAUCAUGGUGAACCUCUCCUUGUGAUCGGGAUGAGGUAGAUGCCUCCCAGCCGGGGGGGCGGAUCGAAUCGGAGUUUCCUUAGGUAGCCACCGACCUACAGUUCUCCUUAAACUUCUGUGCUUGGUGGAAAAGAAGCGAACAAAGGUACGCUCGCUUGCUGUCUUGUUCUCUGCCGCGGACUGGGAUCGCUCGCCAGCUAGGCCCUCUAGAAAAAAGUUGGAGCAACAUUGUAUGAGAACAUAUUACCCAUCUUCGGGGACAAGGGGCGGAACGACCUCUCGAUCUACUUACUGCAGCCCAGGACGGGCGUCGUCGUCUAGGCGUGACUUCUUGUUUUGAUCUCCCCUACGCCUAGGACGUUGUCUGGGCCAAGAGCCAUA